AUGAUGGAUGAACAAACAAUUCUAAGACAUCCUAUUGAUGAGAAGCAACCCAAAAGUUUUGCAUACGAUCAUUGCUUUAAUUCUUUGGAUCCUACUGCAAAUAAUUUUAUCGAUCAAAAUGAAGUAUUUCAACAAGUUGGUUCUACCGUACUUAUCAAUGCAUUUGCUGGUUAUAAUACUUGCAUAUUUGCAUACGGACAAACUGGUUCAGGUAAAAGUUAUACAAUGAUGGGUACAGCAGAGAAUCCUGGUAUUAUUCCACGUCUUUGUUGUUCUAUUUUUCAAAAAAUUGAUGAAUUAACUUCCGAUAAUUUAGCAUUUAAAGUAGAAGUUUCCUAUUUGGAAAUUUACAACGAAAAAGUACGCGAUCUUUUGGAUCCUAAAAAGACAAAUAAGAAUUUGAAAGUUCGAGAGCAUAAAGUUCUCGGUCCAAUGGUUGAUGGAUUAUCCGUGUUGGCUGUUUCAUCGUUUGAACAAAUAGCAUCUUUGAUAGAGGAAGGGAAUAAAUCACGAACGGUUGCUGCAACCAAUAUGAAUACGGAAAGUAGUCGUUCACAUGCCGUAUUCAAUAUUCGUCUCACACAAGCUAUUACGGAUACGGAAAAUGGAUUUACUGGUGAGAAAAUGAGUAAAAUAUCACUAGUGGAUUUAGCCGGAAGUGAACGAGCUCAAAAAAGUGGCGCAGUUGGAAAAAGACUGGAAGAAGGCGGAAAUAUCAACAAAUCUUUAACAACACUUGGAAUGGUAAUUUCCGCACUAGCGGAACGCUCACAUAAUAACGGAAUGUCGAAACAGAAAUUUAUUCCAUAUCGAGAUUCCGUAUUAACGUGGUUGCUAAAAGAUAGUUUAGGAGGCAAUAGUCGAACGGUGAUGAUUGCGACAAUAUCACCUGCAGCGGAUAAUUACGAAGAAACUUUAUCUACAUUAAGGUAUGCCGAUAGAGCUACGAAAAUCGUAAAUCAUGCCAUAAUAAACGAAGAUCCUAAUGCUAAAGUCAUACGUGAAUUACGUGAAGAAGUGGAAACAUUACGAGCACAAAUAUCACAAACUGUCAAAGAACAGAAUGAAACAGAAGAAUUACGUGAACGAUUGGCGGAAUCGGAACGUUUGGUAGAGUUAAUGAAUAAAUCAUGGGAUGAACGGCUAAAAGAUACAGAAACUGUUUAUCGGGAAAGACAAAAAGAUUUGGCUGAGAUUGGUAUUUCGGUGGCUGGUUCUGGUAUAAAAGUUGAAAAAGAUCGAUUUUAUUUGGUUAAUUUAAAUGCUGAUCCAUCGUUAAAUGAACUUCUUGUCUAUUACAUAAAUCAUCAAGCUAUCAUUGGUAGUGCAGAACAACAACAACAACAAGGUGUAACUGGUUCCGAUGAAAAGAUUGAUUUUAUCCUUCAAGGACUUGGCGUACAGCAUCGUCAUGCUUUAUUGGAAAUUGUUGAAAAUGAUAAUCAACAGCGUCUUUAUAUUGAACAACUUGAUGAUAAAGCCAGAAUUUGUGUAAAUGGACAUUUGAUAACAGAACGAACACUUCUUCGUAACGGUUAUCGUCUUCUAAUUGGUAAUAAUCAUUUCUUUCGUGUUAAUUGUCCAAAGGAAACGAUUGACAUUAGCGCUUCUAUUAUAGAAGAAUCAAAUGCAAUGUUAUUCGAUUAUUAUGAUGCUUGGCAAGAGGUAAAUUCUGGUGUAAAUGCGAAUCCAAUUACAACAGCUGUUGAUCAAUAUAUGGAACAAAUUACGAAAAAGCAUGAAGAAGAAAAACAGGCAGCAUUGGAGCAACAAUAUGAAGCAUUCGAAAAAUAUAUUCAGGGACUUACUCAAAGCUUUACACCUUCAACACCAACACCAAGUUUCGGAUAUUUGACACCAAUAAGUACACCUGGAUGUCAAUUCCCGUCUAUUGGUUUUCCGAUUAAUCCAAAAGCUAGCAUGCGAUCAAAAUUCUUCAAUUGGGCUCAACAUAGGGAGAAAAUGUUCAAAGAAAAUUUGAUACGUUUGAAAAGUGAUAUUGUACGUGCUAAUGCAUUAGCUCGUGAAGCUAAUAUGAUUACUGCUGAGUUAACACCAUCUCGAUGUCCUGUCACUUAUGAUGUCACCUUACAAAUUCCUGCAGCAAAUUUAAGGCCAUCAAAAAUAAAAGAAGGAGGAUUUGUUUGUGAACCGUUUAUUGUGGUAAAACGGACCGGUAUUGAUGGUUAUCAGUUAUGGUCAACUGCCCAAUUAGAAAAUAAAUUAAUUGAUAUGCGUGAAAUGUAUAACGAAAAAAUAACCGGAAUGGAAAGGAACGAUGCAUCAACAUCGGAACAAUUGGUAGAGGAUGAACAAUUUGCGCUCGAAGAUGAUUUUAAUAUAAAUGAAUAUCAUAAGCCAAUUAUUGAAAAUGCUUUUGAUAGUCAGGAGCAUCAUAGUUUAAUUGGUGUUGCUAAUGUAUUUUUGGAAGUGUUACUUCAUGAUAUGAGGCUUGAUUAUCAUGUUCCAAUUAUUAGUCAACAGGAUUUUUGUGUAGUUGUGACGGAAGAAUUUUUGGAAUAUAUUCAAGAAGAUGCUUUAUCGAUUGAAGUUUGGGGUCAUCGAAGUAGUGGUUUUGGGAAUGAUUUUAUAUCAUCUACAGUUGCAAAUGGAAUCAUUGAUGUUGAACAAAGUUAUAAAAGUUUACAGGAACGAUGGUCUGAAGUGACAAGACGUAUUGAGCUUCAUGUUGACAUUAAAGAAAUUAAUGAUAAUGGUCAGUAUGUUUCGGUAGAAGUACGUCCUUCUAAUGAAAUACUUACCGGUGGUAUAUAUCAAUUGAAGCAGGGUCAACAACGACGAAUUUAUGUGAAAGUAUUACCAAUAGCCGAUCAUGGUAAUUUACCAUUAGCAUUUGCGCAGAUUACUUCUGUUUCUAUUGGAUGUAUUUGUUCUAGAAAUCCAACAAUGCAAAAAUCUUUGGAUAGUUAUCAGGAGGAAGAUUUGGAGAGAAUUCGUGAGCAAUGGACAAUAGCAUUGGCUAAUAGACAGAAUUAUUUAGUGAGCCAUAUCAAUGCAUUAUCAGCUAAAGGUGAUAAAAAGACAGAAGCUGAAAAAGAACGUGAACAAUCAUUAAUCAAUCAAUGGGUUGCAUUAACUGAAGAACGAAAUGCUAUUAGUGUACCUGCUGCUAAUAGUGAUAUACCUGGUUCACCAGCUGAAUGGUCACCUCCACCUGGUAUCGAACGACAUGUACCUGUGCUAUUUCUUAAUUUGAAUUCAGAUGAUGUUACUGAGGAGAUACCCACUGAUGAUGGUAGUAUUCGAUUAGCUGGCUUACAAUCAUUUUUAUCCAAUGAAAAUUGUGGUCAAUUCAUUAUGCUUCCUAUUUUGGAACAUGAUGUUAAUGAAAUAUCAGCUACCUGUUCAUGGGAUAGUUCGAUACAUGGAAAUCCUGCAUUAAAUAAACCUACCGAGGGUUCUGAUCAUGUUUAUGCUAUUGUUAAGGUAUUUAAUUAA